AUGGCUCGCCUCCGUGUUGGCAGUCUUCACUGGCUGCAUUCCCUCCACAAGUACUGGCAGAUUAGCCCCAACCCGGGCAAUAGCUGCCAACCCGCCGUGGCUGGCCUUAUCGUCUGGUCUUCCUUCGCCGCGAAUAUCGCAUCUGAUAUCUACCUCAUCGUCAUUCCCCUCCCGCUUCUCUGGGGUUCCAGGCUUCGCCUUGUCAAAAAAAUCGGUUCCACUCUCGUCCUGAGCGCCGGUAUCUUCCUCCUUGUCUGCGCCACCCUGAAGAAUAUCUUCGUCGACGACAUCAACGGCGCUGAACUCGCCGGCACCCGGGGCACCCGCGAGGCCUUCGUAGCUGUCGUCACCACCAACCUCCCCAUGGUCUUCCCCCUCUUCAAGUCCUGGCUCAAGCCCCUCUUCGGCUCCACUUCGCAGCGCACCACCGACAACAAGUACAAGACCCCGGACGGGUUCCGCCGCGGCAACGGCAACAGUUCCAACAUCCUGACCAGCGUCACCUUCACCGAGAGAGAGGAGCGAAUCGUCAACGAAAUCAAGAUGCAGAACAUGAAGACGGAAGUCUCGGGCGGCGGCACAACCCACGUGCACAAGGAGUGCGAAGGGCAGAAGGGCAUCGUCGUGCUGACCGAGUUUGAUGUCAGUGAGGAUGCGAGGAGUGUGCAGCACAGUGAGCCUGGGCCGCCGCCGGCAAAGCCGAAGAAGGCCUGGUAA